AUGAACAGCACCAGACACAGACUGCUUUACCAGCUGAACAGUCGCUGGAUUUACGGGAAGAUUCCACUGCUGCACUCGAUAGUAUUUCUUCUACAGAUGGCUGCAGUCAGUUUGCUCACGCGCAAGUACAACCAGUACUAUGCGGCGCGCCCAGUUUUGACCACGAUGAUCACCAACGCCGUGUUGGGUGGUAUCGCGGACACAGUAGCUCAGACACUGACUGCAGUGCGAGAGCGCGCAGUGCGCAAGAAGGGUGGACCGGGCAAAGAUGACUUUUUGGCUAUUGAGAUUCACGAGCUUGACAGACGGAACCCGUUCAACGACAACGAUCUUAUCCCCGAUUCCAAGCUGCUUCCACCGCCUUUCGACUUCGAGCGAACCACCAGAUUCAUGUCCUACGGUUUCCUCAUGUCGCCGAUCCAGCACAGGUGGUUUGGCUUCUUGUCCAGGACUUUCCCCGUGUCAAAGGGUGCGGCUUGGUUGCCUGCAUUGAAGCGCGUAGCUUUCGAUCAAUUUUUGUUUGCUCCAGCUGGUCUGGCUGCCUUCUUCAACUUCAUGACAGUUGCCGAGGGUGGUGGCAAGCGUGCGGUGCAGCGCAAGUUCCAAGAUGUCUAUGUGCCUGCGCUUCAAGCCAACUACAUGGUCUGGCCGGCUGUACAGCUGAUCAAUUUCCGUAUCAUGCCUAUUCAGUUCCAGAUUCCGUUUGUGUCUACCGUCGGUAUCGCUUGGACAGCUUACCUUUCCCUGACCAAUUCGGCUGAUGACGCCGCUUAA